AUGAAACUCCCCGUUCCGCAAAAUUUGAUGACUCCCUCAUCAACAUCCGCAUCGUUCUCAUCAACAUCAUCAUCAUCGGCCACCACCACCACACACUCCCAUCAUCAUUACCACCAGCAUCAUCAUCAUAGACCUCAUCAACAUGCCCAUUGUCGAUUUCAACCUCCCAACCCCAAACAUCAGCCUUUGUUUCGGAAAGAUUUUAUUGUGAUGGCUGAAUUUUGCGAACAGAAAGGACCCACACCGCUAUUGAUUCUGCCAAGUGAGAGGAGCCUUGAGAGGUUUAAUGUGCAGAAGUUUGUAACUCGAGUAUUGGCUGGAGAUCAUACAAGAAAACACGAUAAAUUAGGAGAUAAUCUUACAUGGAUUUGUCCCGAAGAUACUCAGGUUUAUUUGACGGAUCCUGUUCAGGGUGCAUUUGCUUAUGUCCACCACUUGACGUUGCACGAUAUUAAUGCAAGAGGAUAUGUAAGACCUCUUGUCAUUUGCUAUGUCACAAACGAUAAGGACAAAAUCAUGCACCAUUUCGAAUAUCUUGUAAAUGCCUUUACUCAAGUCUCACACACGCUCAAGUAUGGAAAUAAUUGCAAAUUUCUUAGCGACAUUCAACAGCAGUUACAUGGAAUUCAAAAAAUUGAAAAAAGAUUUUCUAGCUCUGAAAAUUUGCAAAACAACAAUUCAGAUUCACCUCUCUUAUCUUCCUCAAAUUCAAAUCCAACCACUCAAAAUAUAUUGUCCUCCCCAUCUAGCGGAGGAGAUGCUGUUGCUUCUAAUCCCAACAACCAUAGUAGUGACGGCAAGUUACAAAAACGAUUGAAGGAAAUACACGAAGGUCUAUUUUCUCCCUCUAAAGGAAAUGGGCUUUCAAGAGAUACAUUUGAACAGGUUUUGACAGAAUUGAAGGAUUUGAGACGACGAUUCAUGAUGCACAUUAACAAAUCUGCCACUAUUUUAAAAACCAAAAAGCACAAAAAUUCAAAGAAGAGAAUGGCAACAAUGAAAGCAAGUGCUCUUCAGAAUCAUUCAUAUUUAUUCAGUGAUGUUCGAUCCCGUUCUGCUAGCAACAGCUCUGGAUACUCUAAUGGUAUGGCCAGAAGUAGUUCUUUGGGUUCCAAUGAGGAAUUGAGUGACCCAAAUAUAAAUCAUGAUGGAAGUGUAGUUGACGGCUCUCCAACAGCUGUCGAAAAUCCAAAUGAAUACAGAAUUGUUCCAAACGGUAGCCCACCAAGACUUGAAGAGAGUGACAGCGCGGAUGAUUUAGAUGAGGAGCAAACAGAAAUCAUGUUAAGCAAAAUAGUAGACGAAGAAACUUUAGAUUCAGGUCUUAUUGACCAUAUUUAUUUGUCAUGCAGUGCUGGAGGAGCCUCAGUUUCUUCCAUUCACUUGCAUCCAAGCAUAUGCGUGAAUCCUAAAAUCAAUGUCAGUGCUGUUCCUCUUCGAUCUGGAGACCAUCAGCAUUUUGCGCCCAAACAACAAGUAUUUAGUGGAGCCAGUGUAGGCGGAACCACUUUUGAGCCAUUUCCAGAUGCCAGCCUUACUUCCUCAGAUGUAUCCUAUGCUAAGAGUUCACAUCAUCAUUCUCACCUUGUAAAUGCCCUCAACGACGUGGACAACAAUUAUUUCAAUAUUAAUGCGAGUAGUUCUCUAUUUUCAUUAUCCUCUCUCAAACAAAGCAAUCCUGAUUUUAUUGAGCUCUAUGACUCGGGCCUUUCUGUAUCCUCCAAAAUUUUGAAACAAUACAUGCCAGCGGUUUUGAGAUGUAUUCAUAGAAACACCGAUUUUGAGUCAGUUCUCAGAGAUAUUUCACAAAUAGCCGGCUCAAAAUUCUACGAAACUGCAGUUGAUCUCAUGUUAAAUAUUUUGGAACAUUUCUACAGAGACUGUGAUGUUAUAGACAUUGAAAAUCAAGAUUUAGAUAUCGUCAACUCGAAUGAUAUUAACUCAAUGCUUUUCAUUGGACGAAAUUUCCUGUUGGACUUCAAUAUUGAAAAUGGUUAUCAUUUUCCUCCAACUCUAAAUGCAACAUCAUAUUCAAGGAGUUUUGGACCUACAGCUAAUUACUCGAUAAAUUCCAAUCUUAGUACCCACUCCUCCAAUGAUGAAACAACAUGGAUGGAAAAUGAAAAUACCUAUAACGAUAUAGAAGAGGCUCUUUCAACAACAAGUCGUGACGACGAUCACGAAACACAUAAUUUAGUAUUUUCAAGCUUGCCUCCAUCACCUGUUGCCUUUCAACCUGAACCGGCUAACUUCUCCAUCAAUAACAGUAUCUCUCCUUCUGCCAACAAUCGCUAUCAUCUCUAUAAGAACGGCUUUAAGGGAACUGGGUGUUAUGUGAACUCACUUUUUCCAGAAAACGAAAAAUAUGAUGAUCUAUUUCAUGAGUUGAGGAAACGAAAGAGAAAUCACUCACCUACAGCGAGUCUAGGAGGCUACAAUGGCAUGUUAAACUCAGGCCAAUCUGGUUCACUUUUGUCCUCUCUUCUCUUUGAAUAUAAUUAUGGAGAUAACAAUUUUGGAAAGGGUAUAUUGAGGAUUUUCAAAGAAUUUUCAUUCACUAAAGAUAUUGCCUAUGCUCUUAUGAUUGGUAGGCCGUUAGUUAUUUAUGGUGAGCCAAGUCAAGAACAAACGAUAAGAGCAUUGGUAAAUGCCUUUGCAUUAUUUGUACCAGGGUUUAUUUCAUCGACCUCGUUUGAUACACCUAAAACUGACUAUUUUCAAAUUUGCCAUUGGAAAACGACACCUUUGAAUAUUUUGGAUUUCUCUACUUGUAAAAUAAUUGGACUCAGCAAAAAAUGUCCAAUUCCAAGCAUGUUCGAAACAUGGAUCAGUAUAUUCGAUUUUGAAAAUGAUUAUUACAGUGGACCUGUUUACUGUGGAAGAUAUUUGGACAUCAUUUUCGACGAAUCAAAAGAAUGGGGAAGUGAGGAUGCUUUCCUCGCCUUCACUCAUGCAAUAUUCUUGGAGAUGGGAAUGAAAGCCAGUCUUUUCAAUCAAUUAUUCUCCAUCACAAAAACAAGAAGUCACUUUUACAAGAAAUCACUCCACAAAAUUUCCACAAGCGAUGUCCAUUCAAACAAAGAGAAAGAUACAGGAAGAGCUUCACUCUUUGGUCCCAUGUUCCCAUCUCUGACUCCUCAGUUGAUUCACAAAGGAACUUCAAGCAUGUCCUCUCCAGCAAAGAAGUCCAAAUCGAAAAAGGGAACAAGCAUGUCAUCACAAGGAACUAUGAUUGGCAAUUCGAAUGCUUCUCUGAUUGGCUCCGGAACUCUUGAAUCUAUGAAAGAUUGUAGCAAGACCAUACAAAGACAGUUAGGUCUGAAGGCAUGUGACGCCAAAAUUAUCGAUUAUCUCGUUGAUUUGAUUCAUAUGCAACAAUCCAAAGAAAUGUUGGUUUUUAAUUGUAAUUCCAUUAAGGUCGACACGGAAAUGUUCACCAAACAUUUGAAUAAACGAAGGCUGAAAAAGUAA